AUGGCAAACCGGCGACAUCAUCGCGCGCACCCAAAAGCAGGGGACAAAACCCUGCUUUCCCAAGCAAACCCAACAGCUUUCCCCACUCCCCGUCCCCAACUCCCCACUCCUCCCUCUCAAAAAAAAAAAACUCCCCACUCCUCACUCCAGCCAGCAAUGACAGGCGAUCCCGCCGCCGCGGGGCCCGGCCGAGAAGCGCCGCCGCCGCCGGCCCGGCCGCCGAGGCCGCUCUCCGUCGUCUCCGCCCUCCCCUUCUGGUUCUACCUCACCGCCGCGGUCUCCCUCCUCGCGCUCCUCCUCCCUCACCUCCUCUCCCCCCACCACCCCCCUCCCCUCCCGCCUCUCCUCCGCCGCCACCUCUCCGACGGCCGCCUCCUCAAGCUCCACCCAGGCCCGGACCUCUUUGCUUCCACCUCCCGCCCCGCCGCCCACUCCGCCGCACACCACCACCCCGUGCUCGUCCUCCCGGGCCUCGCCGCCGGAUCCUUUUCCUUCCGCCGCCUCCUCUCCUCCCUCUCGUCCCGGGGCCUCGUCGCCGCGGCCGUCGACCUCCCUGGCCAGGGCCUCUCGCCGCCUCCGGCCGCCCCUCCCGCCCGCACGAACCCGCUCCGGGAGAUCAUGGACCGCGGCAUCUUCCACGCGUUCGAGCACCUCGUCGAGACCGGCGAGGUCCCGUUCCAGGAGACGGCCCCCGAGCCGUCCCGCUCCUUCUACGCGGCCAGCGAGGCGGCCGCGGCCGUGGCCCGUGCCGUGGACGCGCUCGGCCUCGCGCCUGUCCACCUCGUGCUCCACGACUCCGCCCUCGCCGCCGGCGCCGCCUUCGUGUCGGCCAACCCGGCGGCCGUGCAGAGCGUCACUCUGAUCGACGCCACCACCACCUUGCCGGCCUUCCCGGCGGCCGUUCUCGGCGUGCCGGCGCUGGGAAGGCUGGUGCUGCGGGUGCCGGCAUUGUUCAAGGGGCUGGUGCGUCUGUCCUGCGCUCGGGGGAUGGAUGCAGAGGAGGCCGACGCGCACAGGGCGGCGGUGCGGGGGCAGGGGAAGAGGGAUGCAGUGUUUGAGGCCUGGAAGGCCAUGAACCAUAGUUUUGACCUGAGAGAGUGGAGGAGCUCUUCAGAGGAGGUGAAGAGGCUGCCGAUGAUGGUUCUGUGGUCGGGUUCUUGGUCGGAUAUGUGGAUCGAUGAGGGGAAGAAGGUGACCAAGGCGUUGCCGGACGCCAAAUUCAUCUACCAUUACGGCGGUCGAUGGCCUCAGGUGGAUGCAUAUGAGGAAAUCUCAAAGUUGAUAGCAGAGUUUGUGACCAUGUUACCAACAACUGCGACAGAGCACGGGUCGGAGAAUAUGGACCAAUCAUCCGGCGAAUCAGCAGAUGCUCACAGCGAUCAUCCAGUUUCAUGAAAACCAGAACUAUCUGAUUCAUGGUUAAGAAAUGCCUUGCGAGCAUCCAUAUGACCAAGCGAUGUUCUUCUGCCUUGGACAAGUCUUAGCUUGUGAUGCUAGAAGGGGAUGAUGGUCUCUUCCUUACAAUCGCCCCAUUGCUAUCUGUUUCCCCCUUCAUGUAAAAUGAUAUCUCCCGGUGAAAGUUUGAAAAAACUUCACCUGUAGGGCCUCUUCUAUUCCUCUUUCAGGUGAUGCUGUCAAAAUGUAACUUGAGACUGUUUUGCCUCAGGGAAGUAGGUAUUCUGUAAUGAGGCUGCGCUCGCAUAACCUGAUUUAGUGUAACGUUGUUUUGUUGCCAUGGAUAGGUAAUUGUACUCCUGUACUAACCAGUGCAUUGUACGCUCAGAUAAGUUUUACUUGCACUUGUAAUCAAUGCUGCGAUGCGAUGCAGAGUACACUGUAUUCUCUAGCUGGCCACCAGGCAGUUGGAAAUUGUAGCUGAGUAUCAAAAAUAGUUCAUUUUGUUAAGUUGGAGAAAA